AUGUGCAUUAGAACUGACGAUGCGGAUGGUCUUCGCGCUCACCUUUCCGCCAGUAGGCACCAUUUGAGCAUCAGAUUCCGAGAUACUGACGCGACCUCACUCCACGAGGCAGCUAAGUUUGGCAGCAUCGACUGUCUUCGCGCGUUGAUUGAACUUGGAGCGGACGUGAAUGCAAUGACUUGGGCGAACCGGGCGCGCCGCCGCGCGCGUACGCAAGAAAAUACGUCCCAACAAACACCGCUGCACUAUGCGUGUAUCCACGGGCGCGCGCCCUGCGCCGAGGCGCUGUGCCAGGCCGGGGCCAAUCUUGACGUCGCGGAUGAGGACGGAGUUACUCCGCUUUUUCAUGCCAUCCGAUACCGUCACCGCCGCGUCGUCAUGACCUUGCUGCGCGCCGGCGCUUACCAGCCUUUCCCUGAGCCCGCUCCAGAGCUUUACAACAAGUCCGCCGCACUGGACCUCGCGCGCGCCGUCGAGCGCGCCGGCGACUGGGCGGCGUACGUCGCGCAGCACAAGGGCGUCCUCGCCGGCCUCGUGACCAAGUGCAAGCCCAUGCCCGCCGACGCUGCGGGCCUCGUCGUCGAGUUCUGGACGCCGCCCGGCGGCUUCUGA